AUGCCAAUCACCACUGAGUUUAAAGAGUCGAUUCAGCGGCGACAAGAAAAACUAGGCAGAUCUGGUUAUCGAGUCAUCGCCAUGGUUCAGCAAAUAAUUAGUAAAGAUAAAUACGAUGCCAACAUAAACGAAUACAAGAAGGCCAAGAAAGAGGAACGACUGACAUCUGACGAGCCCGAUCUCAAUGGAUUGCCACAUAACCAGUAUUGCUUCAUCGGUGAGUGUCAAUUUCAUUUAUUUCUACCAGACAUCAUGCAUCAUACUAUAGGCACAGAUUCGUGUGGCUAUGGUCACUGGGGAUCAUCCAACAACAGCAGCAGCCAUCGCAAAAAAGUCAAUAUUCUCUCACAAGAAAUUAGUAUCAAUGGUGGCAUUGAUACAUUUCGAAUUGAACAAGAUAAUGAAAAAGGCCAAACAUUAGCUUAUCUCAUGCGCAACACAACUAUACCCCUCGAAACACAUGUUAUCGGUGAACUAACUACCAAUGUCGAAGCCACGUGUAUGAAAACGCUUGAUAUGAGCGCAAAUGUGGCAAACAAAAAGAAGAGGAGGAACAUGAAACCGAAUAUUUGCAAGCGAAUACUGAAACGAAUUCAAUUCUAUUUCAAGGAUCCUAAUGAAGUCAAAAUUGCUGAGAAGUUAGAAAUAAUCCCAUACGGAGUCGUCGUGACUGGUGGUGAUAUUCCUUCGAUGGAUGAUUACAUGUGGGAUUGGGUUUUGUCACACAAAGAGCUUGUCUUUGCACGAACAUCGCCCGAACAAAAGCUGCGUAUUGUCAUGGAGCUAUCGAAGAGAGGCGAAGUAGUGGCAGUUACGGGUGAUGGAACCAAUGAUGCACCGGCACUCAAACAAGCCGAUCUCGGCGUAGCGAUGGCUGCUGGAACUGAUGUGGCCAAAGAGGCAGGUGAUAUGAUCUUGCUCGAUAACAAUUUUUCGUCGAUUAUAAAAGCUAUUGAAACGGGUCGAUUGUUAAGCGACAAUCUAAAAAAAGUGGCCAUCUACCUACUACCAGGAGGUUCCUGGUCUGAAGUGAUGCCGGUUUACUUUAACAUCUGGCUUGGUAUUCCUUUAUCAUUAUCGGCGUUUUUGGCCAUCAUCUUCUGUAUGCUAAACGAUGUUGUCAAUUCAUUGGCGAUGGUCUCCGAAAAAGCUGAACGAGAUAUUAUGUCACGACCUCCGGCAAUUCGUCACAAGACUCAUUUACUAGAUUGGAAAUUACUCUUCCAUGCCUAUCUCAUUGUAUGUAAUAUUGAAUGCUUCUCUGCAUACUUUUGCUUCUUCUGGUACUAUUCAGUGCAAGGCAUUCCUCUUAGCAGCAUUUUUUUUACGUAUUCGCAUUAUGGUACAGAUCCUUACAUAGCCAAAAGUUCAGAUGAUCUACUGCUUAUUCAACAAAAGGGACAAUGUAUUUAUUAUGUUGCUUUGUGCAUCAUGCAAUUUUUCAAUUUACUCUCUUCACGAACACGAUACGUUUCAUUCUUCAGUUAUAAUCCACUGUUUGGCAAAGCACGUAAUUUAACCAUCCCAUGUGGCAUCCUUUUUUCAACAAGCGUCGGUUUAGUACUGACAUUGAUACCGUGGUUUAAUUCAGUAUUCAAAACUCAUCCUGUACCUGUUCGAUUUGUCUGCCCUGCAAUAGGCUUUGGUGCAGCCCUAUUUCUAUUCGAUGAGUUAAGAAAAUUGCUGGUACGACGAUUUCCCAAUUCUUUUAUUGCCAAGAUGGCUUGGUAA